CACCAGAUCUUGCUUUGUCACACGGGUGUAAUUUAAGCUUGCCAAUGAAUGAAUGAUUAUUAGAAAUAGCCAAUAAAAUUCUGCGCACUGGAUGAAAUAUUUGAUUAUUCUGCAGCAAAAAAGUUACCACAUCUUGAAACCAAUUAUAACGCAAAGGAAUAAUAAUAAUAAAAAAAGGAAAAACAUUGAUCUUGCAGGAUUUUGGAGCCUAUAGCAGCAAUGGAUCCGAUUCUUGAAGUGGUCGCUUUGUGUCUUGGCUUUGUGAGUUGGAUAAUGGUUGGCGUCGCAAUUCCGAACCGUUAUUGGAAAGUUUCCAGUAUAGACGGGACUGUGAUCACCACCUCAACUCUUUACGAGAAUCUGUGGAUGUCUUGCGCAACGGACUCGACGGGAGUGCACAACUGCCGAGAAUUUCCAUCUCUGCUCGCGCUGUCUGGUUAUAUCCAGGCGUCUCGAGCUCUUAUGAUAGCCUCAAUAGUGUUUGGGACAUUUGGUUUAGUGGCCACACUCAUCGGCAUGCGGUGUUCAAAAGCUGGAGGAGAGAACUACGUGCUGAAAGGCAGAAUAGCUGGUACUGGAGGAGCAUUUUUCCUUCUGCAAGGUUUGUGUACAAUGGUAUCAGUGUCAUGGUACGCAUUCAACAUCACGCAGGAAUUCUUCAAUCCACUCUAUCCUGGCCAAAAAUAUGAGAUUGGAGAGGGUUUAUACAUUGGCUGGGCCUCCGGAACUCUCGCAAUUUGUGGUGGAGCUUGUCUCAUGUUUUCCUGCAAAUUUGGCACAAAAGAAAAGAUUGGUUACCCCUACCAGCCCACACGGGGAACAGUCUACUCAGUGUCCGCAUCCAAGAGAGAUGCCCAGAGUGCCCAGAGCACUUAUGGUAAAAAUGCCUAUGUCUGAAGGAAACAGUUUGGGUCAAUUUCAUGUCUAUAAAAUAUGAAAACAGUUGACUGUUGAUAGUUUUUUCUACUAUAUACUUUAUAUAUAUUUCUGUGCAAUUAUGUAAAUAUUUAUACUAGAUGCACAGGCAGUUUUGUGGUCCGAAUAAGUCAUUGAUCAAGUCAUAUGUUACCAUGUCAGUUCUGCAGUGUAAACACAUCUCAGAGGACAUUAUACACACUAGAAUCUAAAUCCCUGUACAGAAAUCAAACACUGAAAUUACUUGUAUAUUUGUUCAGAUUUUAGAAGGGUUUUGAUAUAUUUGAUUUUGUAUUCAAGUAAUUGUUAGGAAAAAGAUACAAUUCUUUCGUUUGCAGUUACAUGAAUCAAGAUAGAAAAAAAAGAAGAAAAAAAGAACUCCCAAUGUGUUCAUUAUCUUGUGUCCAUUUAUUUGUGCAAAUUAUUAUGUGUUAUAUAAUGUGUUUUAUACAAAAAUUAAACAAGCAUUACAUUGAAAAUGCAAA